GCUGCGGCGGCCCGGUCGGGCGGGGAAUUAUGGAAGGAAGCAUUUGCUGAGAUGCUGCCUCUUGCCAGCAUGGACACAAAAGGAGAAUAGGAGUGACCGAUCAAGCAAGUUGGAAGAACUGGGAAAUUGUGAUCAGAGAAGGGAAAAUCAGGAAAUUUGGAAGGUGGAACUGAAGGUUGAUAACAGAUGCGGGUAAAAGAUCCAUCCAAAUCUUUAUCUGAGAAAGGCAAAAGAAAUAAAAGGCCUUCGAUACCUCAUGAUGAAGAUUCUUCAGAUGACAUUGCUGUAGGUUUAACUUGCCAACAUGUAAGUCAUGCUGUUAGCGUGAAUCAUGUGAAGAGAACAGUAGCUGAGAAUCUGUGGUCAGUUUGUUCAGAAUGUUUAAAAGAAAGAAGAUUCUAUGAAGGACAGCCAGUACUUUCUUCAGAUACUUGGUUGUGCCUCAAGUGUGGUUUUCAGGGAUGUGGUCAAAAUUCAGAAAGCCAGCACUCACUGAAGCACUUCAAGAAUUUCAGAGCAGAGUCCCAUUGUAUUAUAAUUAGUCUGAGCACAUGGAUUAUAUGGUGUUAUGAGUGUGAUGAAAAAUUAUCAACGCAUUGUAAUAAGAAGGUUUUGGUUCAGAUAGUUGAUUUUCUCCAGAAACAUGUUUCUAAAACACAAACAAAUGCAUUUUCUAGAAUCCUAAAACUUUGUGAAGAAAAACUUGAAGCAGGUGAAAUAAAGAAGGGAAGAAAAGGCAGCAGUAUACCAUCUGUAAAAGGAAUUACAAAUUUAGGAAAUACUUGCUUUUUUAAUGCAGUCGUUCAGAACUUGGCACAGACUUACAUACUUUUUGAGCUGAUGAAUGAGAUAAAAGAAGAUGGUACAAAAUUCAAGAUUUCUCCUUCCUCAGAGUCUCAGUUGGAUCCAUUAGUGGUGGAACUUUCAAGCCCUGGACCAUUGACUUCAGCCUUGUUCCUGUUUCUUCUCAAUAUGAAAGAGACUGAAAAAGGACCACUUUCUCCUAAAAUUCUUUUUAAUCAGCUUUGUCAGAAGGCACCUAGAUUUAAAGGUUUCCAACAACAGGACAGUCAGGAGCUUCUUCAUUAUUUGCUGGAUGCUGUGAGGACAGAAGAAACAAAGAGAAUACAAGGUAGCAUUCUAAAAGCAUUUAACAACCCAACUACUAAAACUGCUGAUGAUGAAACUAGAAAAAAAGUCAAAGCAUAUGGAAAAGAAGGUGUGAAAAUGAACUUCAUAGAUCGGAUCUUUAUUGGUGAAUUAACUAGCACAGUCAUGUGUGAAGAAUGUGCAAAUAUCUCCACAGUGAAAGAUCCUUUCAUUGAUAUUUCACUUCCUAUAAUAGAAGAAAGGGUAUCAAAACCUGUGCUUUUGGGAAAAAUGAGUAAAUAUAGAAGUUUACAGGAGACAGAUCAUGCUCAGUACAGUGGCACUGUUGUUAUAGAAAAUACUCAAUCCAGAGCUGCCACGAAGCAUUCUUCAUCUAAAGAUAAGAAUCAACUAAUUCAUGACAGAAACCCUACAAGAAAAUUGUCAUCUGAAGAAGAGAAAACUGUUUUUAUAUAUCAGAAAAAUGAAAACCUUGAAACGAGUGGGGAGUCUUCAGUGUUUGCAAACAUCGUGAGUACUGAGUCGUCUCUGAAUGAAAGCCCUACAGAUGGCAGUGAAAAAGAAGCCAGCCAUUCUGAAAGUAGUGCUGAUGCUGACAGUGAGGCUUCAGAACCUGAAAGUGCUUCAAAGCAGACUGUGCUGUUUAGAUCCAGCAGUGAAUCCUGUGUGCACACAGAUGGGCAUCUUCAUCACCCAUCUGCAAGUGAACUGCCACCCGCCAAGGAGACUGACAGUGGUGAUGAGGAAAUGGCUGAAGCGAUUUCUGAACUUUGUUUGAGCAGCACUGUAAUUGGAGAUAGAGAUUUUGACAGAGAAAGUCAGCCACUCAGUGUUUCAAGUAAUUUAUGUUUUUCAGAGGAGAAGCAUAUGAAGUCUCACAGUGCCCAGAAUGCUUUUCAGACCCUUUCUCAGAGCUAUGUAACUACUUCUAAAGAAUGUUCAGUUCAGUCCUGUUUGUACCAGUUUACAUCUAUGGAAUUACUAAUGGGGAAUAAUAAGCUUCUGUGUGAGAAUUGUACUGAAAAGAAACAGAAAUACCAGAAGGAAACUAAUUCUGCAGAAAAGAAAGCAGAAGGAGUUUAUACUAAUGCCAGGAAGCAAUUGCUUAUUUCUGCUGUUCCAGCUAUUCUAAUUCUCCAUCUUAAAAGAUUCCAUCAGGCUGGCUUGAGUCUUCGUAAAGUAAACAGACAUGUAGAUUUUCCGCUUACGCUUGAUUUAGCACCAUUCUGUUCUGCUACUUGUAAGAAUGUAAGUGUGGGAGACAAAGUUCUUUAUGGUCUCUAUGGCAUAGUGGAACACAGUGGCUCAAUGAGAGGAGGUCAUUACACUGCUUAUGUGAAAGUGAGAAUACCCUCCAGGAAUUUAUUGGAACAUAUCACUGGAAAGAAAAAUGUACCUGGUUUGAAAGAACCAGAUAGUGAAUCAGGAGGCCAGUGGGUCCAUAUUAGUGACACUUACGUGCAGAUGGUUCCAGAAUCAAGAGCACUUAGUGCACAAGCUUAUCUUCUUUUUUAUGAAAGAAUAUUACAAUGAUUUGUUAAUUGUUAAUGGCAAUGAUUAUUUAGCUCACUUUUAUUUGAAUGCUGCAAUGGUAACCAUAAUAUGUAAUGUGCCUUUAGUCUUCUCUUUUACAUAGGAAUAGCAUGUCCCUCAAAUGUUCCUUAACUUUUUUACCAUUUUGGUGAAUCCUUUUAAAGUAAAUUAAAUUUACUCAGUGCUUUCAAAUUCAUAUUUUUAAAUAUAAAGAACAUUUUUUAAAAAAAAUUUGUCUUCAGAGACAAAAUAAUCAAAAUUUAUAGUGGUUGAGGAAGUCCCUUUCUGAUAUGACUCAUUGAUAACAAGCAUUUAGAAAUGAUGAUGGCUAAAUCAAAAAAUUCCUUAACACAGUUUUUCCUCAGUGUAUUACCACUUUCCAGAUCUCAUGUACUAUAUCCUGUGCCAUAUAUUUACUAAUUUUAAAAAAUGUUUUAGCCUUUUUUAACCAUGGUCUUGUUUCGAGAAAUCAUAUUUCACAUUAUGUACUUAUUUUUUCUAAUAAACAUUAAAAUAAAUUUAAAAACUAUUAAAGAAAAAUUACUCAUCCAUGUGCUGCACCACUUAAAAUCAUCUCAGGGUUAUCCAGUGGCAUAUGUGUUCUCUUGUUUAGAAAACAUUGCCAUAGCUAUGUGAAAUAAUGUCUAAUAUAACAUAGUUACUUCAUCAUAUUUUAUGUAAUUUAGCCAUAUAAAAAGGUAUCAAUGUAAUUUUGGUAGUGUAGGUUUACAAAUAAUAUGCUGAUUAGCUUAUUGUGUUGGGGAAUAUUGAAACAUUUUAUAAACAAAUCAUUUGCAGCCUAUUCAUGAUAGAGUUAAAGAUAAUUUGCAAGUGUCUGGCCAAAGUCAAAAUCUAAUUAUAGAUAAUUGUGAUAUGCAGAAUUGAUAAACAGAAGUUGAUAAUCCAUUUGGGAUCAUUGGAUACUUUGAAAUAUAAAGUAGCAAAUUAUGUUUGCACAUGAUAGAGAAUUGUACUCUUAAUAAGGAACAACUUCAAUUUCUGUAUUUAAGUAAAUAGUAAACUAGUUUUGGGCGUACAAAGACACCCCCCACUUUUUUGUCUUUAACAAACAUCAUUUAAAAGUUCAUUUGUAUUUAGUUUUUACUUUAAUGAGGCACAGAACUGGCACUUCUGUUCUCUUUUAUAUAAUUAAAUAAUAGCAAAAAUACAGUAGUUCUCCCACUUCUAGAAAACAAAUUAUUAAGUUGUCAAAACUUAGCAUGAAAAAUAUUACUAUUACUCAGGCUUAAAUUUCAAAAAAUCAUGGCUAUUUCAGUGUCAUGUUAUUGAAUCAAAACAUAAUUUCAUGGUUCUAGCAUCCUAAUAAUUAGUGCCAAUGAAUGAUAUACAGGCAAGUGUCAGAUAAUUUUUCAGAAAGAAAAAAAGGAUAGGAAUAGUGGCUGUAGAUAAUGUGUAGAAAUUUUUUUACCAAGACCUACCUUUUUUAAUGUAUAAGCGAAUAACGUUAACAAGUGGUAUCUUUUGAUACAUGGAUGAAUGGAAUUGGGAUUAGUGUUAGAUGGUAAUGGUAUACCAAAUGCAGAACUUAAAAAUGUCAUUGCAGCCGAGUGCAGCGAGUACACACCUGUAAUCCCAGAAGCUCAGGAGGCUGAGGCAGGAGGAUCUCAAGUUCAGAGCCAACCUCAGCAAUGUCAAGGGACUAAUAAGCAACUCAUUGAGACCCUGUCUCUAAAUAAAAUACAAAAUAUGGAUGGGGAUGUAGCUCAGUGAUUGAGUACCCCUGAGUUCAAUCCCCGAUACCAAAAAAAAAAAGAAAAAAGAAAAAAAGAAAUCAUUGCAUAAAUUCUGAUUUUAAGCUGUUGAAAUUUCAGUAGUAUGAUUGUUUUUUAAAAUGGAGAAAUGUAUCUUUGUUAAUCUGUAGAGUCAAUUUGUCUUGUAAAAGGUAAGUUUUUAGUAUUUUCUACUUAAUUGUAAUCCAUUAAUUUCAUUAUCAGAGCAAUGAUUUUUUGAAAAUAUUAAAUUUCUUUUUUCUCUAUUUGAGUUAGCCAUUUUGGUAACAGCAGUUGCCCACAAGCAAUGUCCCUACCAUGAAAAUAUUGUCCCUCAUUUUUCUCUUUGAAAAGACUAUUAAGAGCCAUGCUCUUUUCAUUGGAUGGGCACUCAUUUGUUGUUUCAGAUAGAUAUCUAGAUAAGACAUCUAUACCUUCCAUGAGUCAGGUCCUGUGAUGACGUUAUUUUAUCAUCUUUUAAAAUGGAAAGAGAUCUAUACAGAUUUUAGAUAUUAUUCUAUCAGUAACUUGGAAAUCAGAUUUUUUUUUUUCAUUUCCUUUAGUGUUAAAUGAACUAAUUCUGAAAUCUUAUUUUCUUAUGGCCUGGAGUAUAUGAAAUGCUUUUUUCUUGUCAUCUAAAAAUAGGGGGAAAAAAAAAAACUUGAGUUUGAAACCUAGGACUUUUCCUAAAUGUAGCUUUUGUAAUAGAGCAUG